AUGACCAUCCAGUUUCCCCUGGAAAUCCACGCCCACAUCUUCAAUUACUUGCUUGAUGACCUGUAUGAUCCUGCAUGUCCUCAGGAGGCAUUCAAGCUUCGGUUGAUUUCCAAGUCAAUCCGAGGAAUUCUCGACCCGGUCUUGUAUAGAAAGAUCCAGCCACCGUCAGACAAUGGAGUGCGUAUUCUUUGCUGUACGAUAAUACCGCGACCUCAACUUGCAGCUCGGGUGGAGGAAAUCUACCUAGAAGAAGACGAAGGGUCGGAAUCUGAGGAAGAGCCGGAGGAAGAGGAGACGGAUGCAGAUUCUGAUUCUGGUUCAGAUGCGAGUGAAGAUUUAGAUACCAGAGCUCAGCGAGCAUGCAGGAGAGAAGAAGCAGAGCUCCUAGCUGGAGCAGCAGACCGCCUCAAAAGACAAUUCACUUCUGAUCCUGCACACUCGCUCGCACUUCAGAAAAACGACCUCUCCUGGCUCGCGCGAUCAACCCGGAAAACCAGAAAAUGGCUGCUCCUCUUUCAGCUCUCCAAUCUCAAAUCCCUCACAUUGAAAACCCACACCGACACAUUCGCCAACAUGGCUUUGUUUCUUCGUCUUCCCCGCCUGGAGGAGCUAGACUUUGCCGUGCUAGCACCCGGCCCUGAUGGCCCAUCCUGCCAUAACUAUGUUCCGCCAGAGGACAUUCUAGAGAGCAUAAUCCGCCACACUGAUCAGCUCAAGACUCUCAAGUUUGAAGACAUGAGCGGAACUGCCUUCUUCCCCGUUCAACAUGAUGCGCCGAAACUAAAGCGGAUCCUUGAGGCGUACACCGCGAACACCCUGACACACCUCUCCAUCUGCCUCUGCAAUAAUGACGAGAAGGACUGGCGGCAGGAGCAGGAGUUCAGUGACAUCAGGGGACAUUUUGGAUCCAUGAAGAAGUUUAUGAGAUUAAAAGGUCUCGUAAUGCAGCUGGAGGUCCUACUGGGUAAGCCCAACGAGAAUGACGGGCUGAGACUCAGGGACGUAUUGCCCUCACAAUUGGAGUAUUUCACGGGCUUGAAUCUUCCCGAUUACCAUGGAAUGGAUGAUUCGGAUAGGAUCUGGGACGAAGAGCAGUAUAUCCCGCAAUUUGAAGACUUGGCUGAAGCUGUGGUGCGGGACGGUCGAGCAUUUCCCUCAUUGAAAUCCGUUAAGAUGCAUCUGCACCGGAAGGAUUACUUCUAUACUGAGAGGGAAUGUACAAUGAAAGGGCAGUAUCGCGACGGAAUGCUGGGUGACUCGCAGAUCUACUUUGGGUUCGUUCGCGGUCCGUAUGCCAACGAGGGGCCAGGACCAGAUUAA